UCGGGUCGUCUUAAAUUCGUUGUUGAAUAAUUGAAUCCUUUCCCAGCAGUAGAACUCGUGAAAGCAGUAGAUUAAGAUUUACUAAAAAAAUCAUCUUUCCACCUCAUCGUGAAUUGACGUCUCACCCACAUACCAAACCAGGUCCCCUUGCCGAAUUCAAGAACAAUCUUCCGGCCAAAUUUGCAGGUGGGGGGCAACCUUUUUUUUCCUCUUUCAUUUUCCGUUUUGAUAUACCUACUCCUACACCGAAGACCGAUAUGAACAUCUUCAUAAUGGAGGUUUUUACGAGCAUGCAGCACUAGUUUUGCUUGUGUCUGAAUUGCAAGGAAAUGUGAUUGAUGUUAUACCGGAAUGAUUCAUGUGUUGUUGAUUACGUUGCAAUUAUGCUGCUACCUAGUCACUUGUCCUUCCCAUUUAGUAGAUUGUAAUCGAUUUCUGUAAAAAAAUAUUUUCGGGCGUGUGUGACCAUAAUAUCGUUGCUUUAGACUUUAUGUAGGGACAAUGCUUGUGUAAAUUAACAUUGUGAAGAGCUGCAGGAUAUAAUUGCACAAGAUUUUUUGACAACCCGUUGGAUCUGAUUUUUUCUGAGCCAGUUUACUGGAUUUUUUGAAAUUUUGAACUGCAAGCAUGAUCUUUGACCACCCAAUUUUUUGAAUUGUCGUCGUUGAUUUUGCAUCAUACUGAUGUAUCGCCUCAAUGUAGUUACCACUAUCUCGCCGGUAUACAUCCAAAAGAAUCAUUUGUGCUAGUGUCCAAUAUUCUUCAGAAUUUUCCAAUUCGUAAUUUGCCUACAUUUGUGAUUGAGCUUGUUUCUCAACACGAUCACAAAAAGAAAACGAAUUUCCUUCGCUCCGCAUCCGGUUCAUCCGUUCCCCGCAGCCUCUCUCAGUAUAUGAGGGUAACAGGCGCUGCGCGGCCGUACCAGGGAAUGUUUUCGGAUGCGAACGAGCGCCAGCAGGUGACGGUAGGCACGCUGGCGACGGUGGUUCACUCACACAGCGACAAUGUGAACAAUACGAAUGUGAACAACAGCAUCGACGCCGCAAAACACGACAAGUUGUACGACAAUGCCAGACUCGGCAUCAACCCCACGACGAACAAUGUCAAUGCGACGAACAGUGUCAACAGCAAGAAGGCGUCCGCCAAUUUCCCUUCCCGGCUCUCGCAGGAACAGGAACUCCGAGAGGCAGGCGCACGGGGGAGAUUUCUGUGCCGCGCGUAUUCCGUGCCGAAUAAAGGGAAAUCGCACCCGAACGAGGACCGGUUUUUCUGCGAAGAACACAUCGUAAAUCCGCCAUCCACUGGCACUGAUAUGUUCAUGGUAGGUGUGAUGGACGGGCAUGACGGAGCGAAGUGCGCCCAACUCGUCGCGGACGAGUUACCAAGCACGGUGAUGCAGCAGUUGUUCGUGCCGAAUCCCAACGGAGGUGCAGGGACCGUCUCGAGAGAGGAACUUCUAGCCGUCGAAAGAGAACGGCAGCAGCUUCCGGCGUCUCCCACGACCGGCCACGGUGCCGACGCGAUUCACAACGCGCAUGUCCAAGCGUUUCAGAAACUCGAGCAGCGGAUGUUCGACCGGCGGAAGCAAGACACGAGCGGGUGCUGCGUGAACAGUGUCGCGGUCUAUCGCGGGACGGUUUAUUGUUCGAACUUGGGGGAUUGCCGUGCGGUUUACAUACCACUGGGUGACUGCCGGGAUUUCAAAGCAGGCGCGAAUCCGGCUUCGCCACUGCAACCUUCAACGCCAGUAGCUGCGAAUACUCUGGUGAUGCAGGAGACGUCUGAAGAACAUGGUCAAAGCGAUGCAGCGAUGCCUGACAUCGAUCACGACGCCUAUCUCGCGGCGGUUCCGGAGCCUGGGGUGCUUGUUCGCGGGUUCACGAAAGAGAUGCUCAAUAACGACGCCGCGGAUAAUAGCUCCCUGUCUCUGCCAGGCGGACUCGAGGCUGGUUCGCUGGAGAGGGGAACCACAAAAGAGGGCCCAGUACAGCUCGCCGGAGGACGUGCGCAGAACAAUCUCGUCCCUUCUUCCAGUUCACCAUUUCUUUCGGAGGAGGAUAAAAAGCUCGAGCGCAGUCAAUCGGACACGUACAACAACGCUUCGGGAACCGGCAGCAACUUGAACUUCGUCGGGCCGAGGUCCCACAGUGACACCAGGAUUUCCGGGGUGUCAGAUUCCAGCGCGAAUCGCCCAGCCGUCGGGCGGACACGAAUAGCCGGGCCGAUGGUGAGCGGCUUUUUGCAGUUGUUCGGCUUCGGCAGUGGCGGGAAGAAAGAGCAAGACGCCGCUGCAACAACGCCGAGCGCGUCGACCACCGCGACAUCGAGUACGGGAACGAGCAGACUUAGCGGCGUCAGCAUGGCAUCUUCGGGCGGGGCUACGACCCCCGGACCGCCAGCGUCUGGGAAUAAAUCGCCAAGUAAAAUCAAUGACGCGAAGCAAACACACACCGCUAAUCUCGCACUCGCCCCCCUCGGAGAAUUGUCUUACGCUUCAAAUCUGCGUUUAGGCAAGUUCUCCUGGCUUUCCCGAGAUUUCAGAGCAGGAAAAAUUUACGAGCGGAAUCGCAUGCGAGCGAUAGGCUUCAACCAAGUCAUCAAUGGAAGAAUUUGCGGGUGCCUGGAGCCAUCGAGGACGAUUGGCGAUUUGGAUAUCAAGGUAGAGAUUGAGUCUGAAUUUAAAUUAGAAGUGUUUUUGGGUUUGUUUGGCGAGAUCGAAAAAGGGCAGUACCAGACCGAAGUAGUUUUUUUCUGUUGUAUUUGUUUUGGCCUGACGAGUUGGCGCUUAUCAAAGAGCAUCAAAAUCUAAAUGUAAAUCCCCUAUACAGUUGCAAAUCCCACCCGGUGUAAUCUCCAUCAUUCCCGAGACCCGAGCUGCUGAUAUGCAGCGCUGCUACCCAAACGCGUUUUCGCAUCCGAGGGACAAGCACUACCAGGGUAUCAUCAUUCAAGGCACGGACGGGCUCUGGGACGGCCUGAACGGCGACGACAUCUGUCAGGCGCUCAUUGCAAAAACCGAGGGCAUUCUAAAGAUGCAGCGGUACAUGCUCGAGGCGUCCGAUAACAACUUCGAUCCCGACCACCCAGAAGCUACAAAACUGCUCGAGGAUCUCGCUUGCAACAUGGUGCAAACGUCCUAUCGGCGCCCGGACAAUGGAGACGAUGUGACGCUGGUCAUCACUUUUGUAAGUUGGCGAUUUUAGAAUGGUUUGAAGAUUUUCAUUUUUUGUACAAUAGCAUACAUUUUUUUACAUUACAGUAGUUACACUAUGUAUUUCAAGAACACAUUUUGACAAUUUAAAUCUAUAUCUACAUGAAUAUGACGUGUCUAAUACCAGUGGCCGUGGCGUUCUUUAGAAAUAUCAACCCAUCUAAAGAGAUCGGAGAAUUAAGUCCCUGUAGCACCAGGAACAAAAUGCGAAUGGAUUUCAUGUUAGAGUGGUCCGAGUAGCAUUUUUGUUUCGAUAAUAUCACGUGGAUAUUUUUGCCUACCCUUAGUUCAACCGAUUAGCGCGUCGGGCUAACGCGCUUCCCACUACCCUGCUAACAUCCUGGUACAUUACCCGUUUUUCGCUCGCUCGUCUGAUGAAGAUUUUUUUUUGCACCCAAGGUUCGUCACCUGAUUUCGGGAUCAUAUCGGGGACGAUUUUUUUGCUUUCAAAGAAAAGGUUAAUAAGGUUUCUUUCUCUCUCUACAGUAUGUUCGGCAAUCUGAUUCCUUUUUGUUAUUUUUCGAAAACUAUGGCACCCUCCAACUCCAUCUACAGAAGUAUUUGUUCCUCGUCUAGAAAACAAAAAGUAGCCGUAAGUAUCGUGAAGUAGCAGCUUUCUGAGCUUCGUCUUUAGAAAUCGGAAAGGACUGCGCCAACCCGUGUAACAUAAAAGUAUUACAAUCUAAAUCUUCUAGCACUACCUUGUAAGCGAAACGAAGCCAAUGCUGUAGGUAAACUCCAGUUUGGUUUUAAAUGAGAAGCUCAUUAUGGUGUCACGACCCAGCGCCAUAAAAUCUGUAAAACCGCAGUUCUCCUAUCGUAACCGCAUGUUCCAGCGGUGCUGCAUUGCCCGCUGGUUUGCAUGACAGGCUUAUUUCUGCGAUCAGAUUCGCCAUUUUUUGAAAAAUCAGAC